AUGCACCCCACCACGGUCCUCGCUACCCUCCUUGCCACCCUCGCCGUCUCCAACGCCCUCCAGGUCACCAGCCCUACCGAGGACGACGUCUGGUCCUCCAGUGGCUCCCAGACCAUCUCUUGGGACUCUGUCUCUACCGACCCCGACACCUUCGUGAUUGAGCUCGUCGAAUCUGGUGGCCAGAACGGUGUUACCAUUGUCAGGAACCAGACUUCCAGCGAAAACUCUGUCACCGUCUCUUAUCCCGACGGUGACUGGCCCACUGGUACCGCUUUCCAGAUCAACCUCCUCUCUGCCAGGUCUGCCAUCCUCGCCCAGUCUGACCAGUUCAACAUCACCGAGUCCGCCUCUUCUUCUUCAUCCUCCUCUUCCGAGUCUAGCUCUUCUUCAAGCUCUUCCAGCGCUUCUUCAAGCUCUUCCAGCGCUUCUUCGAGCUCUUCCUCUGCUGCCGUCACCAGCACCUCCGCUGCCGCUUCUAGCAGUGGCGCCAGCUCUGCCGCCGCUGGCUCUUCUACCUCUGGCUCCAUCCCCAACUCUUCUGCCGCCGCCUCCUCUGCUUCUUCUGGCUCUGCCCUUACCUCCUCCGUCGCCAUCGGCUCCAUCGCCCUUGCCUUCGUUGGUGCUUUGAGCGUCAUUGCCUAA